GGGAAGGGAAGGGACAGAUUCACCUUCACGGCACCAGAGCGCUCAUUCGCUGAUGCUUUCGAUUGAACCAUGGCUUCCUACAUCUCACGCUAGUCUCGCCCUCGGCUCCUCCCCGUUGUCGAUCUUCGUUCCUUAGGCCCGCUGUUUCAUCCUGUAAGCAACAUACUCCUGACUCCAUCGUUUAGCACGUGCAUCCGCCUGUAUCAAAUACUAGCUCUGGUAUCGAGCUUCGAAAAUGGGGCAGUUUAGAGACUGGCUGCGCGAUCUGUGGGGGAAAAAGGACCCGGGACCCAGCCGCGUGCUGUUCGUGAACGAGCCCGAGGGCAACGACGAGUUCGGGUUCAGCAGCAACCGCAUCCGCACCACCAAGUACAUGUGGUACACCUUCCUGCCGCGCGGCCUCUUCGAGCAGUUCCGCCGCGUCGCCAACCUCUACUUCCUCUUCCACGCGUGCAUCUCGCUCACGCCGCUCUCCCCGGUGAGUCCGCUCGCCACGGUGCCGCCACUCGUCUUCGUCGUGGGGCUCGCCAUGGCCAAGGAGCUCUGGGAGGAUGUAAAGCGAGGGCGAUCGGACUACGAGACGAAUAAGCGCAAAGUAACGGUCAUACGGCCGGACGGUACGGAGGCGACGCGGCGGUGGCGCGACUUGCGCGUGGGGGAGCUGAUCCGCGUGCCGCACGACGCGUUUCUUCCGGCCGACAUCAUCUGCGUGGCGGCGAGCGGCGAGGGCGGCACGUGCUACGUGGAGACGAUGAAUCUGGACGGCGAGACGAACCUCAAGAUGCGCAGCGCGGUCUACGAGACGCACGCGAUGGACGUGGCGGAGCUGGCGCGCGUGCGCGGACGCGUCGAGUGCGAGCACCCGAACGCGUCCAUCUACACCUUCACGGGGAAAAUGCUGCUCAGAACCAGCACCGAGGGCGCUCUUAGCGGGCGGAGUGCUACUAGUAGCAUCGGGUCGGAAGACUCUGCGGAAAAUCCCGGUGACGCAGCGCCGAUUUUCAUCACUCCGGCGAACAUUCUCCUGCGCGGAUCGCGGCUGCGCAACACGCGGUGGGCGGUGGGGAUGGUGGUGUACACGGGCCGCGAGACCAAGAUCAUGAUGAACGCCACCGACCCACCGUCCAAGCGCAGCUUCGUGGAAAGGCGGCUGGAUUUCGUGAUCAUGUUCGAGCUGGUGGUGCUGGUGGGCCUUGCGACGUUGUCGUCCGUGAUGUUCGGCGUGUAUCUCGGCCGCUACAUGCCGCAGCAGUGGUACCUGCGACCCGGCGAUUACACCGGGACGGCGGGCGUGGCGAAGGCGAUGUUCGACUGGGAAAACCCCGCGCUGGCGGCGCUGACGCAGUUCUUCACGGCGCUCGUGCUGUACGGCUACUUCGUGCCUAUAUCGCUGUAUGUGACUAUGGAGCUCGUGAAGUUAGUGCAGGCUGCGGCGAUAGCGUUCGACCUGCAUAUGUACUACGAGGAAAAGGAUAUCCCCGCUACUGCCCGCACCUCUAACCUUAACGAGGAGCUUGGUAUGGUGCACACAGUAUUGUCGGAUAAAACUGGCACGUUGACUCGCAACCAGAUGGAUUUCUUCAAGUGCUCUAUAGCGGGGAUAGCGUACGGCACGGGCGUGACUGAGGUAGAGAAGGCGGCAGCAGAGCGAGCCGGCCAGCCAAUCCCAGACGAGGAUGAGGAGGUGGAGGGGGAGGAGGGGGUAUACACCCCUCUAAAGCCCCUGGAAAAGGGGUACAACAUGAAGGACCCCAGGCUGGAUGAAUUGAAGUGGCGGUCGCAGCCGACAGCAGGGGAGAUCCGGCGGUUCCUGGAGGUGCUAUCGGUGUGCCAUACGGUGGUGGCGGACACAUGCGAUGCGGCCGACGGGGGAGGUGUAGGGAAGGAGGGCGGCGCUACGAGUGCGACUACUGGUGGCGCUACCAUGGGGGGUGGUGCGGGAGAGGGAUGGGAGGCGGGCCCGGUGGUGCACAUCGGCGACGGCGACAGCAGCAGCGGCGACGAGGACGACUACCAGGAGGCGCUAGCACGCGACGACGGCGGCAUCACGAGCGUGGGCGGCAGCAUGCGCAGCUACCACACCGCGGACGGGCGCAGCACCGACUCCCUCCACUCCUUCCGCUCCUUCCGAACGGCGUCCCAGGCCACGCCAGCGCCGUCGUUCGAGAGCGGCAGGCAGCCUGCAGAGGGGCAGGAGCAGGAGCAAGGAGGGGGGCAGCAGGGGAGGCAAGUGCUGGCGAGCCCCCCCAUGGGGGAGAUCGACCCCGAGUCGGUGCGCUUCCUGGCGGAGUCGCCGGACGAGGCGGCGUUCGUGGUGGCGGGCAAGCGCAUGGGCAUGCUGUUCGCGGGGCGGCAGGGGCGCGACGUGAGCGUGGUGGAGUACGGCGAGGGGUGGGCCGUGGCGGGGGAGAGGCGGUACACGCUGCUCAACACACUCGAGUUCACCAGCCACAGGAAGCGCAUGAGUGUGGUGGUGCGCACGCCGGACGGCAACCUUGUCCUCUUGUGCAAGGGCGCGGACAACAUAGUCAUGGACCGCCUGGGCGGCAGCGAGGAGGCGCAGCGGCACCGGCCAAUCACGGAGCAGCACAUGCGCACGUACGCCGAGGCGGGCCUGCGCACCCUGGCCAUCGCGUGGCGGGAGAUCGGGGAGGAGGAGUACGCUAGCUGGCAGGCGCGGUGGGAGGCGGCCAAGGGCGAGGUGGCGGACGCAGCAGCGCAGGCGGAGCAGCUGGAGCGGCUGGCGGACGAGAUGGAGAGGGGGCUCAUCCUGCUGGGGGCGACCGCCAUCGAGGACAAGCUGCAGGUGGGCGUGCCGCAGGCCAUCGAGGCCAUGGCGGCGGCGGGCAUCCGCCUGUGGGUGCUCACGGGCGACAAGCUCGAGACAGCUGUCAACAUCGGAUUCGCGUGCCGGCUGCUGCGGCCGGGCAUGCAGCAGCAUGUGGUGUUUCUGGAGGACAACGAGAGGAUGGAGGCUGACGCUGCUGCUGCGGGUGCUGACGUGGCAGAGUUCGCAGUGAGGGCCAUCCACUCGCAGAUUCUCUCCGCCAAAGCAGCAGCCAUGGCGCCGCACACGCCCCUCGCCGCACCGCACGCCAUCGUAAUCGACGGCAAGGCGCUCUCGCACGUGCUCGCCACCGCCGCCCUGCGCUCCGACUUCCUCCAGGCAGCGCUGGCCUGUGCGUCCGUCAUCUGCUGCCGCGUGUCGCCCAAGCAGAAGGCGCAGGUCACCGAGAUGGUGGGGACGGAGGGCGGCAUGAUAACGCUGGGGAUAGGCGAUGGGGCCAACGACGUGGGCAUGAUACAGAAGGCACAUAUCGGGGUGGGGAUAGCCGGGGAGGAGGGGCAGCAGGCGGUGAUGGCAGCUGAUUUCGCCAUUGGUCAGUUCCGGUUUGUGGAGCGCCUUCUGCUGGUGCACGGGGCGUGGAGCUACCGGCGGAUCACUUACAUGAUAAAAUACUUCUUAUAUAAGUGCCACAACUUCGCCUUCACCAUAUUUUUCUUCAACGCACUGGCGAUGUUUUCGGGCAGCCCGGUGUACUUUGACUGGCUGCUGGCGCUCUUCCAGGUGCUCUUCUCCGCGCUGCCCGUGGCGGCCGUGGGGGCGUUCGACCAGGACGUGAAGGCCGUCUACCACAUCCGAUACCCAAGGCUCUACGCCGAGAGCCAGCACAACCGUCUCUUCACCCCGGGGGCCAUCGGGGUGGCCAUGGGCAAGGGCAUGGUGCAGGCGGCCAUCCUCUUCGCACUCUCCUUCCUGCCGCUGCUGCUCUCCGCCUCGGGGACUGACGGGCGCGUGCUGGACCUGACGGCGCAGGGCUCCAUCCUCUUCACUGCGCUCGUGCUCACCGUCAACCUCGAGCUAGCUGCCACCAUUCAGUACUGGACGGUGAUCCACCAUGUGUGCGUGUGGGGCUCGAUCGUGCUGUGGUUUGUGUUCCUGGCCGUGGUGAGCUACCUGCCUCCCACGUGGGUCUCUUCCUUCCACGGCAUGGCGCCCAUGCUGCUGCUGCGCCCAAGCUACUACCUCAUCGUGCUCGUCGCCACCGUUGGCGCGCUGCUCCCCACCUUCGCUGCUUUAACCAUCACACGGCAUCUGGCCCCCACGGAUGUGGAGAUAGUGCAGGAGGUGCAGCAGAGGGACCACAAGCGGCGACUCACGCGCCUCGCCAGCAUGCACACCAGCAGCAGGAGGCGGUGAAGCAUGGGCAGGCAGUGGAGCAUCCAUGGGCAGUGACGAGUGAGGUCACAGGGCGAGUCAGACGAGUCUGCAGCACCGCUUUCUCCCAUGGCUGGCAGCCCAGAGGGCGUGAGUGCAUGGAGCAAUGAGCGCCAUGCCUUCCUUCCUUCAUGCUGGCUUCAAGCUGCUUUGAGGAUAGCCUCUCGUAUUCAUCUCCUGAGUAGAGAAGUAAUUGCUAAUUAGUGCCAAGCGCUACAAUAAGCUCGCUACGAGCACCAUGUGCUUUGUUGUAAUA